UAUCAAACAAUGCUGGCCGGAGAUUCCGAAAAGAUGACCGACGUCGACCCUUUCUUCGUUACUGAACCACCACAAAGAACUACGCUCGCUAUAAAAAAUGAAAUAUUAGACUCGUUGGAUUCCGACGAUCAGGACAAAUAUGUUCCGAGCACAUCGUCUCAAGCGACAACUACCACGAGAUAUUCACUUCGUUUGGUGACAAUACCUGCGCGAACAACAACGCCUUUGCCGCCGUAUAAACACGCAACGAUCGCGGUAAUGAUUAGUGAAGGAUACUCUUGA